AUGGAAAAUAACGUUCUUGGAGCAAAUCGGUCGCGACGAGGUACUGUAGGUGGAGCAUCACCUUUUGCCACCCAAGCAGCAUUUGAUGAUUUUCGACCGAGGCAUUUCUUUUAUCGGCAACGUAUGGAAAAAAUUAUUGAACGAGCAUACAAUCGCCUCUAUAAUGAAAAUGUUAAAAAUCUUACCGAUUACAUGUUUUCAAUGCGUGAUACACAUGCUAUUGAAUAUUUUGCUGUAAUAAAAAAUUUACUUCAACAGCUAUAUACGAAACCAAUGCCAAAAAAACUUGAAAGACAUGCUCGAUAUAUGUACAAAAUGAUAAAAUCAAUGCAACGACAAUUAUGCAAAGCUAAUAUUGCUGUCUGA